AUGGCCCAGCUGAAAUCGUCCACUUCAAAUGAAGCGAAAUCUGAUCGGUUGGGAGAUGGGACAGCAGGUGCGAAGCACAACUUUGAACUGGAUGAUGAGGAAGUGUCGAUGAUUUUUGGAUUUGAGGAGAACGAUGCACGACAGAAGCUGCUCAACUUCCCUAAGUGCUCACGACUGGUGAUUAGCCCCGACUUGCAGGCAGAAUUAGGGAUGGAGAUCGGUACCGCUAUCAGUGUGGAGCACCCGUGGAAAGAGAUCAAGAAGGAGCUGCUCGAAGAUCACCUGCCGGGAAAAUCCAAGGGACAGCGCCAGCUGAAGGACAAAUUGAAGGACAUGGAGUCCGGAAGGCUGGUGCUCGUGGGCUACCUGCCCGACCAGAGCACCGAGGAGGAAGACCUGUUCACCGUCUUCACCGACAACCGUGAAACGCGUGAGGCUCGAGAGCUGAUUCGUCGACUUGAGUUGGUCGAGCGAUUGUCGGCAGGUGCCGCAAUGCGCAAGAAACCCCGUCGGUGGCAAUCCCGCGGCAGUGAACCGGAAGUAGAGAGCUUCAUCCCGCGACAACGUGCCAACGUGGUUAACGUCGAAUCGCAGAGCAUAUUUCCAGCUCAACGGGGUGGAUCGUGUCGCUUCCGGUUACGACUGGUGGAGGAUGCACGCGACGGUUACGUGGAGCUCGUUCCGAGAACGGUGUUCCGCAACAUUGUGCGCAAGUCGAUCGAUUUCGGUGUUCAGCUACGUCCACAGAAGGUUCACAAAAGCCAGCAGACUGACCCGACGUUCCCUACCAACGCUUGGUCGCAGUAUCUGUACGAAAUCGGUGGUGAAUCACGUACCUCCGAAGGUCCUGUGGCCUCGUCAUCCUCUGGGUCGGCACCAAACCCAGUCUGCCCGAGCAGCCACGUGGAGCAACUACUGCAGACACUCGAGUUCAACCAGAUCGACAUGUACAGGAACGAUUAUCCGAGCAUCGCGCGACCCAAAUCAACCUCCAAGUACGAGGCACCGGUCGUGGAUGAGACGAUGUGCUUUGUAGAAAGUGCGACCUGCGCCAACCGACACGUGUCUGCCGUGGAGUGGCAUCCACAAUUGGUGGGCACGUUCGUGGCCGCUUAUGUACAUCGUAUUCCGAGCGUCAUGACCGCAGUUCCGGAGACUGGACCUACGGCCAGGACGGCAUCAGACGCGGUGUCUCGCUUGGUAUUUGAGAAAAGUCCCGUUUUGGCGUGGAACUUUGAGGAAUCGCUCGUACCACGGUUGUGGUUCGACUCGCCACGUGAGGUGACGGCUCUGUCGUUCUGCCCGUAUAACGGCCAACUACUGGUCGGUGGAUUGUCCAGUGGACAGCUCGUAAUCUGGGAGUUGACGGACGCACAGCUCGAACACGCAGGUCCUCGUCCAGCUACAGGUGCCGCCCAUUCACAUCCUGAGCCAUAUCGGACGGAAAUUCGGGCUUUGCUCGGUAACGCAACUCCAACGGGUCGCUUGGCCCGUGGAAACUCAGCUCCUACAGCUCAAGGAGGCCCGCCUGAGACACCGUGGCACGUGCGCCCGGUCGUCAUCAGCGCCCUCGAGCGGUCAGCACGCAAACCGAUCACCGUCAUCCGUUGGCUGCCCCAGAAUCAUCAUUGUGCCCCGACGGGACAACUUCGUGUGAAUAGCGCCGACGAUCGACCUGGCAGGUUCCUGCUAACAGCCGCUCUGGAUGGUACUGUGUGUUUCUGGAACCUGGACUUACAAGUGGUGUCUCUAGCAGCGCCGACAUCGGACAAGGACGUGGACAAGGGCAGCUCUGGUGAGCCGGAAAAGACUGGAUCCGGCAGUGGGAGUGGACUCGCCCGGCUGAACAACGUCCUUCAUCCGACGUUCCGUGUGCGGUGUGAUACACCACUCGUGGCGUUGGCCUUCGACGAACCAGUCCCGGUGCGGUUUCAGACUUCUGGUCCAGUUCCAGCCCAGCCACCAACCUGUCGUAUGGCGUUCAUUGCCGGCACCCUACUCGGAGGUCUUUUCUGGGGCAGAUGGGACGGGUACGAGUUCGAUCAGGGUGCGACCGUAAACGAGGAGCCGGUGCGCGACCAGGACACUUUUGCGGCGGUACAUGACGGCCCUCUGGUGGCGAUUGCACGCAACACCUUCGUGCCGGAUGUUCUGCUGACGGCGGGUGGAACCGUGUUGGCGCUUUGGGCGGCUGAUUGUCGUCAGUCUCCGAUCUUCUGGCGGCCUAAGCCUGCCCCCGUUACUGCGUGUGUAUGGAGUCUUGAUCGGCCGGCGGUGUUCUUCGUCGGGUUGGCGAGUGGCGACCUCGAAAUAUGGGAUCUUCAAAUACACACGUCAAACGCCUGUGUGACGUUGAACCUCGGUGCAAGCGUUCUAUCUAUCAUCACUCAGCAACAGCACCAACACCAACAAUCACUACCGCAACAACACCGACGUCCAGCUACUAGCAACUCCACUCCAACUGCCCAGCGCCACCUGGCGGUUGCAGACGGAAACUGCGCUGUGCGACUCCUUAGUAUCCCGGUAGCAUUUGCGGAACCACGGCCGGGUGAGCGUAAGCGUUUCAGGCAGCUGAUCCGGGCGGAGUUGGUUCGCAAGCACGAUCAGCAGGCCUGGGUCCAGCGGUACUACGAGCAGAACCGGGACCAGAUCGAAGCGAAACUUCGGGCAGAGAGGGAGGCUCGUGAGCUGGCGGAACGUCUCGAGGUGGAGAAGCAGGAACACGACGACUUCUUGCGUCGGCAGGCGAUCGAGGAGGCUAAAAAGAAGGCGUUGCGUGACGCAGAGAAGCGAGUCGAUCUUAGCCGACGACUCGAGGGUCGUUGGAGGUCCCGCUACUACCGGGCGCUCAUCCGCACCAUGAUGGCUCGACGCCACCUCAGCCCAGAGCUACUCGCCAAGCAGAUGCAUCCGGAACGGGAACGCCGCCGGUAUGACAUCCGGAAGCGGGCGACGAUUGGUGAAAGUUUGGCAGCCGCUCCAGAGGACUACCAGCGAGCUCAGGUGAUCCUUCAGCCUACAAUCGGGGUUCGAGAUCCACGUUCUGGGGCUUCUGGACGUGUGGAAGCGUUACGCGAGACGGUAAAGGCACGCUUCCGGGAGGAGUUGAGCGAUUAUCCACGUGUCAGCUGGGAGGCAAAGGAGGUCCUGCGCAAUUUCCGGUUACCCACAGAGCUGGACAGCGUCGUAGGGAUCGUGGCGAAGGGUCGAGCUCGGCGAGAUCUCGUACUCUCGGAUGAUCACGGAAAUCUGGAGCACUUGCAGGCGUACUUGGCGAAGCAGACGGCCCGUGGAUCGGCCAUAGGCGAUUGCGAUGUUGACGAGCUUGUGGGGCGACCUCUUUCGGAGAUGACCACUGGCAAUGGUAACCCAGAAGCCGGACCGGAGGGUGAACGACGUGGACAUAAGGUCGGAUUGCAGCGAGCCCGCUCGGUGACAUUCAUUGACGACGUGCCGAAACCUAGCCCCGAUCUGCCUGGGUAG